AUACCCGUUCAACCAGAAGCAAAACACUCGUCAUCAACAUCCAAGGGUCGCAGCUCAAAGAUAGAUAAUGUCAUACCCGUUGUUGAUCAACAAGCAGAGCAGUUGUCAUCAAAACAGUCCGAUCAUCCUUUUCCAGUUGAAUCACAAACCCAUGGGGAGAGCUCAAAGAUAGAUUAUGACCCUCAUGUUGAACAGGAAGCAGAACAGUCAACCCAACGCGAGAGCUCAGAGACAGAUAAUGUCAUACCCGUUCAACCAGAAGCAAAACACUCGUCAUCAACAUCCAAGGGUCGCAGCUCAAAGAUAGAUAAUGUCAUACCCGUUGUUGAUCAACAAGCAGAGCAGUUGUCAUCAAAACAGUCCGAUCAUCCUUUUCCAGUUGAAUCACAAACCCAUGGGGAGAGCUCAAAGAUAGAUUAUGACCCUCAUGUUGAACAGGAAGCAGAACAGUCAACCCAACGCGAGAGCUCAGAGACAGAUAAUGUCAUACCCGUUCAACCAGAAGCAAAACACUCGUCAUCAACAUCCAAGGGUCGCAGCUCAAAGAUAGAUAAUGUCAUACCCGUUGUUGAUCAACAAGCAGAGCAGUUGUCAUCAAAACAGUCCGAUCAUCCUUUUCCAGUUGAAUCACAAACCCAUGGGGAGAGCUCAAAGAUAGAUUAUGACCCUCAUGUUGAACAGGAAGCAGAACAGUCAACCCAACGCGAGAGCUCAGAGACAGAUAAUGUCAUACCCGUUCAACCAGAAGCAAAACACUCGUCAUCAACAUCCAAGGGUCGCAGCUCAAAGAUAGAUAAUGUCAUACCCGUUGUUGAUCAACAAGCAGAGCAGUUGUCAUCAAAACAGUCCGAUCAUCCUUUUCCAGUUGAAUCACAAACCCAUGGGGAGAGCUCAAAGAUAGAUUAUGACCCUCAUGUUGAACAGGAAGCAGAACAGUCAACCCAACGCGAGAGCUCAGAGACAGAUAAUGUCAUACCCGUUCAACCAGAAGAAAAACACUCGUCAUCAACAUCCAAGGGGGAGAGCAGCUCAAAGAUAGAUUAUGAUAUACCCGUUGUUGAACAAGAAGCAGAGCAGUCAUCAAAACAGUCCGAUCAUCCUUUUCCCGUUGGAUCACCAGUUAAUGUAACCACAAUUGGUUAUCCCUAUUAUGCUGCUAUUGUAGUUGAAUGCGAUGCAAAUUUUGUCACCGUGAAGGCGUGA